UCCAUUCAUAGUAUUAACACGUUUAAGCUGCGAAAUUUUUAUGCAUAUAAUUAUUGUAAAUUUAUCUCUUUGAGCUAAGAAAAUCAACCACAGGCGCGAGAGAGAGAGAGAGAGAAUUAGAGAUGGUGAAAGCUCCGUACUACGACAAAAAUGGAGUGAAGAAAGGCGCAUGGAGUCUAGAAGAGGAUAAUAAGUUAAGAGCAUAUGUGCAGAGAUAUGGCCAUUGGAACUGGCGUGAACUCCCCAAGUUUGCUGGUCUAUCAAGAUGUGGGAAGAGCUGCAGAUUACGAUGGAUGAACUACCUUCGCCCAGAUGUAAAACGAGGGAAAUACACAAAAGAAGAAGAUGAAAAGAUCAUCAAAUUGCAUCAAGAACUUGGGAAUAAAUGGUCCAAAAUAGCAGCAAAAUUGCCAGGAAGAACAGAUAAUGAAAUAAAGAACCACUGGCACACUCAUCUGAAGAAGCGUGCAAAGGAAAAUCAGGUGUCUUCUGAGGUGAAAGAGCAUCCUAGUGAUAUUUCCCAAUGCGAAACAAUAAGCAGAAACAGACACUCAGAAGCUGAAAGUGUUCCCGCUAAUGCUCCCUCUCGCCACAUUUUAGAGAGCUCUCCAUUGUCUCCGGAAACAAGUUCUAGUUAUUACUCCACUUUGAGCUCUCAUCAUCAAGCUCCUCCACUUUCAUCCGGGAUAAAUCAGAUUGCAGAAGACGGUGUUGCUUCAUCAGAGACAUUUGAUGAAUUUAUUGGAGAUUUCUGGACCGAACCAUUUGUAGCCGACAGUACUUUCUUUCAAAAUAGUUGUCCAUUGUCCUUGUUAAACAGGGGAUUGAUAUCACCAUGUGUUUCUUAUUAUGAUGACGACAUAGAUUUGUUUUACCAAGUGAUGUAAACCUUACCAAAGCACCAGUGUAAUUUUUUUGGCUUUUUAAGUAUGCUUUACAUGACAAUUGUCAUUUGGCAUGAGUGCCCCUCCUUCUUCUUGCUAAUAAUGAG